CAACGUAUGGUUAACUAUUUUGCGCAGCAGAUACAGAGUUUCUGAUACUGCUGUGACGUAAGCUUUACACAGGAAACGCUCAAAACCAAAACAGAUCAGAAGACGUUUGUGCAGUUAGGACGACUUGUCUUUGGACCUAUCUAACCGAAUUUGUGAUUGUAACAUAUUUGUGUUCUUAACCGCAGGGGCUGGAAACAUGGCAACAGGCACCCCCAUGGUGAACGGGGAAGUGUCCCGCCACCCCGCGGGAGGAGUGCACCCCAGCCCAGGAGAGGGAACUCUGGAGGGCACGUUGCAUCAGAUGAACAUCCUCAUCCAGGAGAACAGGGACCUGAAGGAGGCUCUCAGAAUGACCAACCUGUCGAUGAAGGAGCGCUUUGAGGACCUGUCCACCUGGAAGGAGAAGCAGAGAGAGGAGAGAGACUUCCUGGAGGGAAAGCUGGAUGAGGCGAGGCGGCGCAUUGAGGCGCUCACCUUAGACGACCAGGAGCCGAGGAGCCGGAGGGGGGAGCAGGAGGGAGGAGCAGAGGGUAGGGGACAGGGAGGUCCAGCCAAUCAGAGUGCAGAGCUGGUGGCGCUGCGUGCCCAGGUGGCUCGUCUGCAGGCUGAGAAAAGUGACCUGGUGGCCAUGAACUCUGAACUGCAGCUGAAGACUGGCCAGGACUCAUCUGAGGACUCUUUCAUAGAAAUCAGGAUUGCAUCAGAUGGAGAGUUGGGAGCGAAGGAUGUGUGUGACGGCCUGGCCUCCAGGUUUGACAUGAGCGCUUCUCGGCUGGAGUCUGAAGACUUGACGGUGAGCCAGCUGCUUCAGUCCCUGAGGAAGGAGACCCAGAGGGUGGAGAGGCUGCAAAUUGAGCUCCAGGCUGCGAGGGCCAGGAUUACAGAACUGGUGGAGAAGGAGAGCUCAGAGAGAUACACUCAGACCUCCCUCCAGCUGGAGGAGAAAGGGGAUGACCCACCCACCGCCGCAGGGGCUGCGAUCGAGACAGAACAGAAGACGCAACAGGAAAAUUCUGGAGCGGGGAAGACUGAGUCUGAGGUGGAGCACCUGCAGGGCCAGAUGAUGACACUGUUCAAAGAGUUGCAGCAGGCUCAGAGCAAACUGGACGAGGCUGAAGGCAUGAAGAAGAACCUGCAAGACAGAUGCAGGGAUGUGGAGCAGGAUGUGGUGACACUGAAGGCCCAGCUGGUGGAGAAACAGCUGGUGCAGAGUGAGAAUGACCGGCUCAAGCUCCAGGUGGACAGCAACAAGCAGCAGAUCCAGCUGGAGCAGAGGAAGGCUGGAGAAGAGAGGAACAACCUGGCCCAGCUGAAAGACGCCUACACCAAGCUGUUUGAGGACUACAAUGAGCUGAAGGAGGACAGGAAGAAGGGGUCAGCUUCUAAGGAGCUGGCAGAUGACCUGCAGGUGCGCCUGGUCGCGGCAGAGCAGGCCCUGGCCACCAAGCAGCAGAAAAUAGACGUCAUGAAGCAGGAGAUCUUCCAGAAGGAGAAGGAACUGGAGACCAUCUCAGUGUUCCAGGCUCAGGCAGAAGUGUACUCCUCAGACUUUUACGCAGAGCGUGCCGCUCGGGAGAAGAUCCACGAGGAGAGGGAGCGUCUCGCCACCCAGCUGGAGUUUGUCAAGAAGCAGAACUCUCAGCUGCAGGAGGAGAUGGACUCUCUGGGCAGGAUGUCACUCAGUGAGAUGCAGAUGAGACACGUGCCACGAGGAAGUAAUCCACAUGGGGGCGCUGGUUCCCAGGGAGCCAGAGGUGGUGAUGGCAGGGACAGAACCCAGCAGGGAACCCUCCCUGAACACGCCUGUCCCAAGUGCUUUGAGAUCUGCCCUGACCUGGACAGUCUUCAGAUCCACAUCAUGGACUGCAUCAUCUAAAACCUUCCUUGUCGUCCCCGACACCAUCUUCAUCCUCUGCAGUAGCAGAUGAAGCACUUUAUUCAGAGUGUUCCUCUUUGUCGUUAUUGCCCUCUGAGGGUCAGGGCUGCCUAGUGAGUGCUGGGGUCCUGUUCUUAUUUAACAUCUGUCUGGGUAGAUAGAGGAUAUACUUUUAAAGCAUGCUUAAUACGCAGCGUCUCCACCGGACUGAGCAAUACAGCUGUCUAGUUUUGCUGCCUCUCCCAAUGCAGAAUGUGUAUGUUUGCAGAAUGGGGGAUCAAGAGUUUAAUCGGCUUAAGAAUUUAGAGGUUGGAUGAUUCACUGGUUUAUUUAUGCAGACUUGUGAGAAUUUGGUUUUCUCUUUCGUUGAUUUAAGGUGAUCAUUUGUUUCCUUACUUUUCCAGUAUGCUACACGAACGGCCCAGAUGAGAGAUUCUCUUAAACGUAUACGUUUUUUGGUUUAUUUAAUUGUCUCAUUCUGGCAUUUUGGGUGCGAUUCAAUAAUAGGUGAUUAUUAUUUCGAUUAAGGAAGGUGGUAGUCCUUACUGAAUGUAACACUUCUACGUUAUUUUUAACGUUAGGUGUUCUACGUUAAUGAGAUAAAGAAUUUGUGUCCAUAAAAUUCUAAUUAUGAAGUUGAUAUAGAGAGAGCGAGAUGCAUUGUCUCUUGACCAGAUAUGAAGAACUGAAAGUCCGCAUAAUGUGGGCAAUCGCUACUGUAGCGUAACAAAUAAAUCCUUCACCAAAGUUCCAUUAGUAUAACUUAAUAAAUGGUUUUCAUACACCA